AUGACGGUCCACAACCUGUACCUGUUUGACCGGAACGGUGUGUGCCUGCACUACAGCGAGUGGCAUCGCAAGAAACAUGCGGGCAUCCCCAAGGAAGAGGAAUACAAGCUGAUGUAUGGGAUGCUCUUCUCCAUUCGCUCCUUCGUCAGCAAGAUGUCCCCCCUGGACAUGAAGGAGGGGUUCCUGGCCUUCCAAACCAGCCGCUACAAGUUGCAUUAUUACGAGACGCCCACCGGCCUCAAGGUGGUCAUGAACACAGACUUGGGCGUAGGCUCCAUCCGAGACGUCCUGCACCACAUUUACAGUGGGAUCUACGUGGAGUUUGUAGUGAAGAAUCCACUGUGCCCCCUGGGCGAAGCCGUGCAAAGCGAACUGUUCCGCACCCGGCUGGACGCGUACGUCCGCGGACUCCCUUUCUUCUCGGCCCGAGCGGCCUGAUCGCCCCCGGACCCCGCCGCUCCAAAGGACUUCCAGCGGCCUGCCCUUCUGUGCCACCGCCCCGGGGACCCGUGCCCUCCCCACCGCGGUACGGCCCGCCCUUCCCUGCCCGUGCCGACCUCCCCGUCCCCCCGCCGCCCUGUCUGCCCAUCUCUGGGGUCAGCUUCCCCCCCGGCUUGUGGUCCUCGUCUCCCACCGGACUGAUUCACCGGGCACCGGACUGCAACCCCCGUCCUGGCUCCGACGAUAUCUGCAACCUCUGUCCUCCCCAGUGACUCCGCGGACCGUGGUCCCCUUUCCCGGGCUGGAGCACGGAAGAGCGGGAAGGCGUGGGCUAGGCAAGGGGAGCAGAGAUGUAGAGAAUAAACUGCUACUCACGUCA